AUGAUUAUUGCAAUAGUGAAGUUUUUAAUGGUCGUAGUAUUAAGUGUUGUGAUAGCGAAACGGUUACCCCAAAAUGAUUCGACUGGUGAUAAUAUUGAGGAAAUCGCACAAAAACCAGUAUGCCACUACAGCGAUCCUAACGUAGGAGAAUGCAUAAAGCGAGUUGCUGAUCAAGCUAGAACACUCCUUGCUCACGGCAUACCUUCGUUUGGAAUACAGCCCCUUGAACCAUUAAAGGUGCCCAGUAUUAGGCUUAGGCAGCAUAAUAUGCCUCAGAAUAAGUUCAAAUAUGAUGCCUGGUUAUCGGACCUUGAGCUUAGUGGACUUACCAACUACACGUUUAACAAGUUAGAUGUGUAUCCCGAAGAAAUGAAAGUAACAGGAAAUAUAAGUUUACCUCACUUGGUGAUGUCCGGAGAGUAUGUGGUCAUUGGCGAGUUCCAAAUGCUACCCGUAGAGUCCACUGGAUUCAUUGCUGCCAACUUUACACAAUGCUCAGCAGCACUGGAAGCACUCGGAGCGAAGGUUCAUAAGAGAAUCGUGAUUAAAGACGCAAAUGUGAAACUACGAUGCAUGGGACCUCUAGAUGCCAGUUUAAAAGAAGCACAUUCAACAACUGGCGAAAUGGAAAUGGUAACAAAACAUAUUGUUCACAUGCACGCGAACGAACUUACAAAGGAAGUACAGCCAGCCGUUGAAACUGCGCUUGCAAUGGUCCUCGAGGACAUAGCGAAUAAGUUCCUCAAACAUGUGCCCCCGAACAUGGUGUUCCCGGCUUAG